AUGUGGAACGAGUAUUCUAUUAUUCCUACGCCCAACAAGUGGCCCAAAGUUUCCCCAAGGCAAGACAGAUAUGUCUUUGCAGAAAGUUCGAUGUUGCAUGGACAACCUGCGCAAAUCAAGACACGUGCUCAGCUAAGCUUGGAAAUUAUUAUACAGGACAUACAACGAGCAAAACAAACCAACCAGGCUCAAGUCAAAGCAGGCUUGGUGCCGAACCCGAGUGACAACAAGUUCCGGGAUAGCAAGCCUCGACUUUUGCUGAUGGGGCUACGACGGAGCGGAAAAUCAUCCAUCUCGAGCGUCGUAUUUCAUAAGAUGCCUCCCAACGAAACGCUGUUCCUGGAAUCAACGACUCGAAUCCAAAAAGAUUCAAUUCACUCAUUUAUGGACUUUCAAGUCUGGGAUUUCCCCGGUCAGCUGGAAUUGCUGGACCCUUCAUUUGACUUGGAAAGCAUUUUUGGCUCAAUAGGUGCCUUGGUUUGGGUUAUCGAUGCACAAGACGACUAUUUGGAGUCGGUUGUGAGACUCAACCGUACUAUCUUGAUCGUCCUACAAUAUUACCCAAACAUCAAUAUCGAAGUCUUCAUCCACAAGGUCGAUGCGCUUGCGGACGAGUUCCGGACAGAAGUCUUCCAAGACAUUGUCCAGCGUAUAUCCGACGAACUUAGUGAUGCAGGCUACGAGAACGCUCCUGUACACUACUACCUAACAUCCAUCUACGAUUAUUCUGUUUUUGAGGCUUUUAGCAAAGUGAUCCAGAAGCUUAUUCCACAAUUAUCAACACUCGAAAACUUGAUCAACAUUCUUGCGAACAACUGCGGAUUUGACAAGUGUUAUUUGUUCGACGUGUUGAGCAAGAUCUAUAUUGCGUCCGACACUCGGCCAGUCGAUAUGUCAUGCUAUGAAAUGUGUUCCGACUAUAUUGAUGUUAUCGUCGAUAUAUCGGAAUUAUAUUCGUGGGAGCAUGCCGAUCGCAAAGCGAAAGGCGAGCAGAUGCGUGAGGCUGAGUCCCAUGUCAUUCUUCAGGAUCGCAGUAUGAUUCAUCUAAUGGAGAUGAACAAGUACCUAUGUCUUGUGUCGGUAAUCCGUAAUCCCGAUGCCAACGAGAAGAAAGGACUCAUUGAUAUGAACUGCCGGGUGUUCCAGGAGGCUCUCAACGAAGUGUUUACCCGUCCAUGGGAACAACCAGAGGAUAUCGGGGCAAUAGAAGAUGCUCACGAGGAGCAAUAA